AUGGCUACCCCAGAUAUUGGCAAGCUAGACCUUUCAGAUUCAGAUAAUGAAGACCUUUUUGCAUCCCCUUCCAAACUCUCAAAGGCUGAUCUCAAGGCUCUAAGCAAGAGUUCAGAAGGCAAUGCGCCGGCGCAAAGAAGUGGCGGGUCAAAAUACGAUGCUGAGACAGCAAGAGAAGCGGCUCUACAAAAGGAACUGGAAGGAGUUCGCAAUAUCAAUGAACUCAUAGAAGGAGUACUAGGCAGUCUUGAUCUUGCAAAGGGAAAUAUGGAUACAGUCUCACAAACGGUUACAUCCGCUUCAAUGCUACUUAAUACAUGGAUUCGCAUACUAUCACAGACGGAACAUAAUCAAAGAUUGAUUUUGAAUCCAAAUUGGCGGGGCGCAAGUCAGGAUGUUGCAGAUAUGGAGAACGAGCAGGUAUUGAAAGCUCAAGCUGCUGAACGUCGGGCUGCGGAGGAAGAGCGAAGAAGAGAGGCUGCAAGGCAAAGAGCGGAGGAUGAAGAACGGCAAAGACAAGCUGGCACAACAUCUCGUGGGACCCGAGGAGGAAGAGGCAGAGCUAGAGGAGGAGUAUUAAGACCUGGAAGUAUUAGCUCGUCAGGGUAUGGUCGUGGAAGCUCGACCGGCUCAAGCACAGGUACUGGCACAAGCAGAGGUGGAUCAGGUAUUGGACGAGGUAUUCCACGAGGCAGAGCACGAGGAGUACGAUGA